AUGCCGUUCCGCCGCUCCUCCGAUGAUUAUGAGAUUCCUGAGAAAUAUUGUCUCUCGAAUCUCAAUUGCUCGCUCUCCCCCCCUCUUCUCUCUCUCCAGUACGGCGACUACGACCCCUCUGUUCACAAGCGGGGAUUUCUGGCCCAAGAGGAAUUGCUUCCAAAAAGGGUAAUAAAUCUGUAUCAGAUGACUCCAGAAAUGUGGGAGGAGAGAAUCACAGCCUGGUACGCGGAGCACCGAGGCCGGGCCAGGGACGAGGCCGAGAUGGAAUAUUUGAAGAUAGCGCAGGACCUGGAGAUGUACGGCGUGAACUACUUCGCCAUCCGGAACAAGAAGGGCACGGAGCUGCUGCUCGGCGUGGACGCGCUGGGGCUUCACAUCUACGACCCCGAGAACAGGCUGACCCCCAAGAUCUCCUUCCCGUGGAACGAAAUCCGCAACAUCUCCUACAGCGACAAGGAGUUUACUAUUAAGCCGCUGGAUAAGAAGAUCGAUGUCUUCAAGUUUAACUCCUCAAAGCUUCGUGUUAAUAAGUUGAUCCUGCAGCUGUGCAUUGGGAACCAUGACCUCUUCAUGAGGAGGAGGAAGGCCGACUCUUUGGAGGUUCAGCAGAUGAAAGCCCAGGCCCGGGAGGAGAAAGCCAGAAAGCAGAUGGAGCGGCAGCGCCUGGCCCGAGAGAAGCAGAUGCGAGAGGAGGCCGAGCGCACCAGGGACGAGCUGGAGAAGAGGCUGCUGCAGAUGAAAGAAGAAGCGACCAUGCCAAACGAGGUUCUGUUGAUCCCCGGGAUGCGGUCGGAGGAGACGGCCGACCUGCUGGCGGAAAAGGCCCAAAUCACCGAGGAGGAGGCGAAGCUCCUGGCGCAGAAGGCUGCCGAGGCCGAGCAGGAGAUGCAGCGCAUCAAGGCCACGGCCAUCCGGACGGAGGAAGAGAAGCGCGUGAUGGAGCAGAAGGUGCUGGAGGCCGAGGUGCUGGCCCUGAAGAUGGCCGAGGAGUCCGAGAGGAGGGCCAAGGAGGCCGAUCAGCUGAAGCAGGACCUGCAGGAAGCCCGCGAGGCAGAGCGAAGAGCCAAGCAAAAGCUCCUGGAAAUCACCACCAAGCCCACGUACCCGCCCAUCAACCCGAUUCCAGCGCUGUUGCCUCCUGACAUGUCAAGCUUCAACCUCAUCGGCGACAGCCUGUCUUUCGACUUCAAGGAUACUGACAUGAAGCGACUUUCCAUGGAAAUAGAGAAAGAAAA